AUGGCCAAUACACAAGAAAAUUUAAAUCAGCCUCAAUUUAUUAAGCCAGAACGUGCAAUUCUUAAUAUUGGAGAUGUCUCUACUUGGUUAAAAUCUGAGGCACAUUACAAAUAUAUGAAAUUUAUUAGACAAUUAAAUAAUUCUGUUAGAGGUAUUUCAACCGAUUCUUCUGAUAUUUUUGUUUCUGAAAAUGUGAAGAAAAUUAUUGAAAUGCUUGACUUAUUUCAGAAAUGGAUAGAAGAAUAUCCUCCAGAAGAUAUGGGAACUCAACGAUUUGGAAACAAAUCUUAUCGAAAAUGGUAUGAAAGAUUGACUAAUGAUGCAGAAAAUGCCCUUUUGAAACUGUUGCCGACAGUAUUGGGGGAAGCUAAAAUUGAAUUGCUUCCUUAUUUGAUGGAAUCGUUUGGGAAUUCUACUCGAAUUGAUUAUGGAUCCGGUCAUGAAGCCUCUUUCCUAAUUUUCCUAUUUUGUCUUUAUCAAAUUAAUUUUUUGGUUUCUCCAAACGAUAAUUGUGCUGUUGUUUUGAAAGUAUUUCAUCGUUAUUUAUCUUUGGUAAAAUUUCUUCAAUGUAUUUAUCGAAUGGAGCCGGCAGGAAGUCGGGGAGUACAUGCAAUUGAUGAUUUUCAAUUUUUGCCUUUUCUUUUUGGGAGUUCUCAACUUAUUGACAAUAAAUAUCGUUUAAUUCCUGAUUAUUAUUUACGCCCAGAAAUGGUUUCGCAAUAUAAAAAUGAUAAUUUAUUUUUUGAGGCUAUACAAUAUAUUAAUGAGGUAAUAAAAUAAUUAAAAUAAUUUCGGAAAUAUUUUUAGACAAAAACUGGCCCAUUUUAUGAACAUUCCAAUCAACUUUAUAAUAUUAGUGCUGUACAAACUUGGGAAAGAAUAAAUGAGGGAAUGUUUAAAAUGUAUGAAGG